AUGAAAGUCAAUAUUUGGACGAAUGUAUGGACGAAGAUUAGAAGAUUUGGCCUGGACUACGACGAUUUUCAGAUCAUGAUGGACAAUGUCGCUUUCCUAUUGAAGAUUUUGACAAUUGAUAUUCACCAAAGUACUCCACGAGCUCACUUCAUAAUCUACAUAAUUGUUUCAUUGGCGGUAUUAAUUUAUAUCUAUGUGUACACUUUUUCUAUGGUCUGGAUGGUGUUUUUCCGUUACGGUAAAAAGGAUUUAAAGGCAACGUUUUUGGCAAUUGCUAUAAGCUUCAUUAGUGAUAUUUGCAUCACGAGAUUGGCUUUCAUGAAAUAUUAUUCGGAAGACAUCAAGAACACUGUUAGUAAAUUUUUAGAAUGCUACUCUAAGAUAGAAGCGAAUACAAGAUUUGCUAAAAAUCUACGAAUGAAACUCAGAAUUGUAAAGAGGCGAGCGUUAUACAUAUGGGUUUUUCUCAUGUUUGAUACCAUAAUUUACCUAGUACUGCCUAUAGUCACUCCUGGGAGACACUUUUCUAUUGAAACUUACUUGAUUUAUGGUCUAGAGCCAAUGACUGAAACGCCUAAUUAUCAAAUAGCUACAAUGUUUUUCACUAUAACAACUUCGUUUGGUGUCUAUACGAUGGUUUGUAUCGGAGUUUACGUCAUAGUUAUUGUAGGUUACAACGAAGCACAACUGCGCGCCCUCAGUAUAGAACUGAGAAACAUAUGGGAUGAUGGUCGCAACUUUUACCAUAAUGUCAAACACAGGAUAAAAGAUAAGAGAUACGCUGUCUUUAUGAAAGGAAAGAUAAUUAAUGAAUUUAUAAGAAUUAGAUUAAUGUACGUAGUAAAGUUUCACGUUGCUAAUAUAAAUCUUCAACGCGAUAUUGAGCAAGAAUUUCGGCCUAUAUUUGCCGUUGAAUACACUAUCAUGGCGUUUGCAAUAAUAGCUGAAUUACUUGGUGGUCUAGAAAACACAUACCUUGUGGUACCAUUUACAUCAGUUCUAAUAUUAAUGGACUGUCUAUCCGGACAGCGGCUGAUAGAUGCGUGUGAUGAUUUUGAGCGAUCGAUAUAUUUCUGCCAAUGGGAAAACUUCAACACGAGUAACCAGAAGACUGUGCAGUUAAUGCUGAUGAUGUCGCAGAAAACUCUGAUGCUUUCGGCUGGUGGGGUCAAUCAGCUAAAUUAUAAUUGUUUAAUGGUUAUUCUAAAAUCGACAUAUUCAACGUAUACGACGUUGAAAUCAACUGUCAAGAAACACGCUGAGAUAUAG